GUAGAAAACAUGCGAUUUUUAUUCAGUGAUGAAAAUCUGCACACAAUUUGAAGUUUGCUUUCAAUCGCCGUUUGAUUGCAAUUAUUAACGAUAAUUGUCUUCAUUUACCACUCAUUCAGUCUCUUAGUUAUAGUCGUAAUACUUGUCCAUCAUUUGAGUCCUGUCUUGCCAUUGAAUCCAAAGCCGAAGACAUUACUGUCGAAGACAUCGCAAUCGGUGUUUGAUUUGCAAAAGUAUUGUCCGAAAGGUUUGUCUACUAUUUAGUGGACAUUCAUUGCAAUCAAUGGACGAUUGGGCCGACGAUUGGCAGCCGUCGACGACGACGACCACCGCUCGCACUGACUCUGCGACCAAUGAUUGGGACACCGGAUGGCCCGACAGCUCAGCCAAUAGUGCCGUCAAAGAGACUUCAGAUGAAAGUGAUUUGAGACCAAAAGCGUUUGGUCGCGGAGUCGGAAGAGCUCAGAGAGCGGCCACUUGGAGGCAACAGAAUGGCGGCACACAAUGGGCCGAUCAGUCGAGCCAUAGCCGCGAAGAGCAAUCAGUUGCAAACAACAGGUCUUAUAGCGAUUCCGGCCAUAAUUCGUCCAAAAGGACGGUUCAGAUCGAGUCGUCGUUUGUGGGGAAAGUGAUCGGAAAGGGAGGACAGACUAUAAGAGACUUGCAAACCAAGAGCGGCGCUCGGAUUCAUAUCAAUCGCGAAUCCAGUGGUUAUGACACAGACAUUGAAUUGAGCGGAAGUACUGAGCAAAUGGAUUGCGCAGAAAAGUUGAUCAAAGACUUGACUCAAAGCUCUGAUUAUUCUUCUUCUCGAAGAAGUUUUAAUAACUAUUCCAAUGAUGAGCCCAAGAAGGAGAGCGCCGACUCCGAAAUGAUUGAUUGGGGCGCCGCUAUAGCCGAGAGCGAAGCGGCCACUAAACAGAAAUGGGAAGCACUUCCGCCGAUCAGCAAACAGUUCUACUUCGAGAACUCCGACGUCAGAGCAAUGAGUGCCGAAUUUGUGGACAAAUUUAGGGCCGAAAGUAAUAACAUAAUUGUCAGUCAUUUCAAUGAAGGCGACACUCGAGUCAUACCAAAUCCUGUCCAGCAUUUUAAUCAAGCCUUUGAACACUUCCCCGAAAUUUUGGGUGAAAUCAAACGGCAAGGCUUUGAGAAGCCGUCGCCGAUUCAGUGCCAGUCGUGGCCAAUAUUGUUGAGUGGAUUUGAUUUGAUUGGUAUCGCACAGACGGGUACUGGCAAAACAUUGGCCUAUAUUUUGCCGGCAAUGAUACACAUCGAUAGUCAGCCGAUGAAGCGAGAGGAGCGUCCGGGCCCUACAGCCCUUAUUAUGGCUCCGACCAGAGAAUUGGCGCAACAAAUCGAAAAGGAGAAGCGAGAGGAGCGUCCGGGCCCUACAGCCCUUAUUAUGGCUCCGACCAGAGAAUUGGCGCAACAAAUCGAAAAGGAGUGUCAAAAAUAUCGGUACAGAGAUAUUAAAUGUGUUUGUAUUUACGGCGGCGGAGACCGAGCGACUCAAAUCAAUAGUGUGGGCAAAGGGGUUGAGAUUGUGAUCGCAACUCCCGGACGCCUCAACGAUCUCUGUAUGAAUAAACACAUAGACCUCUCAUCCGUCAGUUAUUUGGUUUUAGACGAAGCCGACCGUAUGCUUGAUAUGGGUUUUGAGCCGCAAAUCAAGAAAAUACUGCUUGACGUGAGGCCUAACCGCCACACUGUAAUGAUGUCCGCCACUUGGCCUCAAACUGUUCGUCGACUGGCCGUCACUUAUAUGGAAAACCCGAUGCAGGUCUACGUCGGGACAUUGAAUUUGGCGGCCGUUCACAGCGUCUCUCAACAGAUCAUUAUCACAACGGCUGAAGAGAAACGCGAUAUUAUGUAUGACUUCAUCGAUAAGAUGAGAAAACAUAAUAGCGAUGAGCGAAACGAACAAAAGCAAAAAGUGAUCAUAUUUUGCGGCAAAAAAGCACUAACUGACGAUUUGGCCUCUGAUUGUGUGCUCAAAGGGAUUGAUUGCCAGUCAAUACACGGCGAUAGAGAUCAACACGACAGAGAACAGGCGUUGGAAGACAUCAAGAGUGGAGCCGUCGAUAUAUUGUUCGCCACAGACGUGGCCUCUCGAGGACUCGACAUCGAAGACAUUACUCAUAUCUUUAACUUUGAUUUUCCGCGUAAUGUCGAGGAAUACGUUCAUAGAGUGGGCAGAACUGGAAGAGCCGGGAGAACGGGUGCGUCCAUAACUUUGGUCACUCGGCAGGACUGGAAACACACGCCCGAACUGAUUGCCAUUCUGGAAGAGGCCACUCAGGAGGUGCCCAAUGACUUGGCAGAGAUGGCCCGACGAUACUCCGCUUGGAAGGAAAAACAUGACGCCGAAGAGGCCGCGUGUGGCGGUUGA